UGUCGCAAUUUCUUGAGCGAACACACGAUUAAUUGGCCACAAGCUGAAUAGUUCUUUAAGUAUUUGAACGCUUAAAAGCUGAGUGAAUUUCUUGCAUUUGGAUUGUCAACUAAAAAGUUUUCUUGUAAUUACUGUGCUGAUAAUAAUUGGAUUGUUAAAAAAAACUUCAUGAAAAAAACUUAUAAAAAUACAAAACCGAGCAUUUAAGUCUCUGCCAAAAAUUAUUUUUCGUCUGUCGCUGACAUUUAAAAAUUACAUUCUUCAGCAUAAAAAUACAAUUGCAUGCUUUGCGAAAAUCCAAUUGGGGAAAAACCUGAAUAACUGAAUAGACUGCUAAAUAUAAACGAGAACUCAAGUGUCUUUGCGCGAUUGCUUUGUAAGAAAAAUUGCAGUAAAUCGGCAAAAAUCAUUAUUUAAAUGUGUAUAGAGUGAUUACACUUUUGGAAAAACAAACCAAAUUCAAUAAUUAUAGCAACGAUUGCCAGUAGCCAACCAUUUGGUAUACUGCGGGAACAUUGGAAAAUAGUAUAUACAGAACUAAUUUCUCAAUAAAUAUUGGGGAAUAAAUCUUCGACCGAAGGAAACGAAGCUACAGCGCUGGAUUCCUAAUACACCAAUUGUGAAGCCCUAAAGGUUUUGGAGGUUGUGAGGUUACUAACACCAUUGCAGCCUUUGCAAACUCCACCUUUAAGCGCAUACUAUUAUUAUAAAUUAAUUGUUUUCUAAGCACCUGCUUGAAAAGUACAAGUCCAUCCAUAAGCGUGUUGUAUACUUGAGUGAGUGAGUGAACAUUGUUUGCCGUAGAAAUUGUGUGACAUCGGAGUAUAACUGCAUAUAUUCAUCAAACACAAAAUACGUAAAUAAAUACACUGUAUAAUUAAAUUAACGUACUGAACUCAGGCGAAUUUAAGAAAGCAUUAGUAAUCGAAUAUUAAACGAGAUGGAUGUCGAAACCGCCCAACAAAACGGUAAUGCGGACUCACGUGAAAGUUCCGUCGAACGUGAGCUCAACGAAGAAGUGCAGGCUGUGGAGCUAAAUGGCUCAUCUAAUUCGGCGAAGAGCUUGAAUGGGCUCAUGAAGAAGCCGUUACCGGUCGGCGAUGGUCAUGAUCGCAUCAAACGCAAAGCCAAACGUCUCAUACAGCGACAAAAUAGUCGUGGCGAGACGAAUGGUGCUGCCAGUGUAGCAAUUGCCGCGGCUCUCAAUAGCACCACGGGCAGUUAUGUUGUGCCACAUCGUCGCUGGAAGAAUAGUCGCCGUUCACGCAACGGACAUGGUCGUGGUUUGCCAAAGAAAGGUGGUGCCGGCGGUAAAGGUGUUUGGGGCUUGCCGGGUUCGGAAGCGCUCGAAGAAGUGUAUGAAGAUGAGAAUGAUCCCAAUUACGAUAGUGAAUGUAAUGAUAAGAACAUCGAAUUGCGUGAAGUUAUUCCGGAGCUGACAUCGGAACAAUUCUUUAAAUUGGCUGAACCAAUUGUAUUGGAGUAUUAUGAGCACGGCGAUACCCAUGAGGUCGCUGUGAGCUUUGACGAGAUACUUACCGGUCCGCUGCGACCAUAUGUGACAAGCGUUGUGGUUGAGAUCUCAAUGGAUCAUAAGGAUUCGCAGCGUGAAAUGACAUCGGUAUUGAUAUCCGAUUUGUAUGGACGCGUCAUAACCGGCAAGGAUAUCGAAAAAGGUUUUGAAAUUUUACUGGAAAAUUUGCAAGAUUUGACAUUGGACACUCCGGACGCGCCUACCAUACUAGGCAAUUUCCUUGCACGUGCCGUCGCCGAUGACUGCCUCCCACCCAAAUUCGUCACAAAGCCGACUGAUCUCGAUGUACAAAGUCAACACGCUGCCGCUGCUAUACGCCGUGCUGACACCCUACUACACAUGAAACAGGGUUGGGCACAUUUGGACAAUGUCUGGGGCAUGGGUGGGCCAUUGCGACCAGUCAAGACCAUCACCAAGGAGAUGACUUUGCUACUAAAGGAGUAUUUGUCAUCACGCGACAUACAAGAGGCACAUCGUUGUCUUCGCGCUCUCGAAGUACCACAUUUCCAUCAUGAAUUGGUGUAUGAAGCCAUUGUCAUGACACUCGAAUCCCUUAGCCAGACCACUGAGGAGGCCAUGUGUGAGCUACUCAAGUCGCUGGAUGAGGCAUGCUUGGUAUUGCCAGCCGGUAUGGAGCAGGGUUUCCUGCGCGUUUUUGACGACAUGGCUGACAUUGUUUUGGAUGUGCCACUUGCAUAUAUAAUAUUGGAUCGUUUUGUAGAGCGUUGCAAUCGUGCUGGUUUUAUAACUGAUAAGAUUUUAAGUAAUAUGCCCUCUAGAGGACGUAAACGUUUUGUCUCCGAAGGAGACGGUGGCCAUAUUAAGCCACAAACUAUUCCAAUUCGUGACUAAACAGAAAACAAGCAAAUUAAUUACAAUUUAAACACAAAAACAAACCACAACAAAUCAACAACAACAAGCACUUUUUAACCACAAAAUAACUGCAUUCUUUCUACAAAAACAACUGACAAAUAAAAAACCACAACAACAUUAUCAACAGCAACAAAAAGUAAAAUGAAAAAUGAAAAAAGUACUAUUAUCAACAGCUCUAAAAAAAAAACAACAACAAAAUAACAAAAACAAAUGACACCGACCGUUAAAAAUGAGACGAAAUGCAGAAAAAGCCAGAAGUGUCAACUUUUUUAUCAUUACAUUUGAACAACUAUUUUCUACAACUCAAAAUUGUUUACAUAAAAACCAACAACAACAAGUUUAUAAGCAACAACGACGAGGUAGAAGAGUGAGAGCAGCAACACACGGAAUUGCAAAUUCGACAAACUAAAAAGCAACAACAAUUUGAAUAUAUUUGACGCCUUCCAGUUUUGUUCUCCAACGAAUGUUGUGGGAGAUGUACAAAAAUUAUAUGUAACCACCUAGUAUGUUUGUUGUAGUUGUUGGAAUAAGACACAGGCGAAUGGAAAUAGCACACACAAGAGAUCGUGAUAAAAACGCUGCGACCGCGAGCGAAACACUUCCUCUGCAUAGACCCAUAGACACACUCACAGACAUCCAUCAGACCGGCAUGAGUCAAUCAAUCACUCUUCUGUAACUAAUUUAAGGCAUGUUUGUGAACUGCUUUUUUUUUACCUGAGACACCGUAUGUAAUUUUAAGUUUUCAUGCUAUGAUUUGAAUUCUCGCAAAUUUAUUGUAUGUGCGUUUGCUGAAGUUUGAGUAAAUAAUUGCUGUACUUUUUUUAAUAUAAAAUUUUUGUAGAGAAAAAAAAAAGAGAAACGAACGAAAACACUGCAAAUAUUAUGAGUAGAAAUUUGAUGAAAAAAAAAAUUGAAAUUUUGUAAUUUGCGCAAUAAUAAAAAAACGCGUAAAAGAAAUGAGUAUCGCGAAAUAAAAAUGUAGUAUUUUUUGUUUUAGAUUUUUCUCCUCGUCUAUGUAUGUACAUACAUAUCUAUGUAUGUGUGACACAAAUCACUUGAUGAUUAGCAUUUUGCAAACACGCGCAAUACUAAGCAAGUCACAAAAAAAUUUUUUUUUAAUGACAAAUAAAAAAAAUCAAAUUAAUUAAUUGGAUUGGCACGCCAAAAAAUUAAGAAAAUGCAUAAAUUUAAUUGCGGCGAACAAUUUUGAAUUGCAUAUAUAAAAGCAAAAAAAAUAAAUAAAA